GUUGUGCAGAAAGUUAGUCGGUUUGUCAGUUAGAACCGUGUUGUUAAGAUGUGUUCACCUGAUAUCUUGCAUCUGACGUUUAUUAACUGUGCACUUUCAUUGUUAUUCUUUCACCGGCCACGUCAUCUAAUUAACUAAGUGAGAAGAACGUGAUUCCUGAUAAAGUUGCAGAAAACAUUGUAACAAUGUUUAUACCUGGUACAGUAUUUAAUGUUAUAUCCAGAAGUGUUUCUACAUCAACAGUAUGUAAUCAAAUAAUAAAAUUGACAAGAUUAAGAGUUGUGGAUAAUAGUGAAAUUGGGAAAGCAGCUAUGAUGGAAGGGAAACCACCACGUUGUAUUCAUGUUUAUAACAAAACUGGAGUUGGCUAUAUAGGGGACAGAGUACUAGUUGCCAUAAAAGGUGAAAAGAAAAAAGGUAUAUUGGUUGGUUUGAAGCAGCGUCAAAAUCCCAAAGUUCCAAGAUUUGACAGCAAUAAUAUAGUUCUCAUUGAUGACAGUGGAACGCCUUUAGGCACAAGGAUUCAUGUACCAAUUCCUCAUAUUCUGAGAACAAUCAUGAGAAGGAAUACGCAUAGUAAAGGUGCAGAUUAUACAAAAUUACUAGCCAUUGCCACAAAAUUUGUAUAACAUAUACAAAUGCAAUGUAUACGCAUUUUAAAUUAUAAAUUGGGAUACUUAAGUUACAAAUUGCGUAUGCUUUUGUAUGUGCAUAUGUGUACAUGUAUGUGUAGAGGAAAAUAAAAUGUUGCAUUUGCGAUG